AUUUCCCAAAAGAUUUUAACUGCUCAAAGUGUUUGAUCUUAUCAUACAGGUAACCAUGAAUUACAGGGUGGGACUGUGUUGCUAGAUCGGACGGUUGAGAGGGAAGGUCCUUGAGAAGUGGGUUAGAUGUAGACGGUAGGAUCAACCCCUCAGGUGGCUUAGGUGGCAGCCAGGGUACUUUAUGAGUGGGGAUACAAAUGUCAGGUGUGGGUUCAUACUAGGAGACUGAAAUGCCUGGACAGAGGUAGUAGUAGGGCUGUCUUUACUGUCCUUUAAAGCUGGACAGUUGACAUAAAUCUUUGUGGUGUUUUUUGGAUAAGAAAUCCUCUUCUGGAUUGUAGCGUUAUAAAUUUACAUGUUUUGGUGGGGAAGUAGGAGAAGUAUUUGAGUUUGAUUCGGCCUGUUUUGGAUAGGAAUCUGCUGUGUUUUUGUUUUUCCUGUUUUGGGUGCUGGUCUCUGUUAGGGUUUUUUUGAGAAUUCAAGAGACUUGAAGAGAUCAGCUUCUUUUGUUGGUUUUUUUGAGGAUUCUGUCAAAAUGCCUGCCAUGAGUUUUUCAGUCCGAGGGAAGGCCGAGGUAAUGGAGUUUGAGGGUCGAAUAACGCCUUAUGUUGUCAUCACAUGUAUCUUGGCUGCGAGUGGUGGGCUGAUGUUUGGCUAUGACAUUGGAAUUUCUGGAGGGGUUACGUCGAUGGAUGAUUUCCUCGAGAAAUUUUUUCCAGUCGUGUAUCUCAAGAAGAAAGAGGCCCACGAAAAUGCAUACUGCAAAUACGACAAUGAAAACCUCCAGUUGUUCACUUCGUCUCUCUAUAUGGCGGGUCUUGUAGCGACAUUCUUUGCGUCGUAUACAACCAAAAAUUAUGGUCGGAGACCUACCAUGCUUAUCGCAGGCUUAUUUUUUGUAGGAGGGGUGGUGUUGAACACAGCAGCUGUUAAUCUUUUAAUGCUUAUUCUCGGAAGAAUUUUGCUCGGUUGUGGGGUCGGAUUCGCUAAUCAGGCCGUUCCACUUUUCCUGUCGGAGAUCGCACCAACCAGGAUUAGAGGCGCUUUAAACAUCCUCUUCCAGCUAAAUACAACGAUAGGGAUUCUGUUUGCCAAUGUGGUAAACUACGGAACGGAGAGAAUCAGGCCGUGGGGAUGGAGACUUUCACUGGGUCUAGCAGGAAUUCCAGCGCUCCUCCUUACAGUAGGCUCCUUAUUUAUAGUGGAAACACCCAACAGCCUGGUUGAAAGAGGACAGCUGGAAGAGGGAAAGGCCGUACUGAGAAAAAUUAGAGGAACCAAUAAUGUAGAUCCAGAGUUCAACGAACUAGUGGAGGCCAGUCGAAUGGCAAAGCAAGUUAAGCAUCCAUUCAGAAACUUGCUGAAGCGAAGAAACAGACCUCAACUUGUCAUAACAAUCUGCCUGCAAAUCUUUCAACAGUUCACUGGUAUCAACGCCAUUAUGUUCUAUGCGCCUGUGCUCUUUCAGACAUUAGGAUUCAAGAAUGAUGCCUCACUCUACUCUUCAGUCAUUACUGGUGCAGUAAAUGUUAUUGCUACUAUAAUUUCAAUAUUCUCAGUUGAUAAACUUGGGCGCAGAAUGCUUCUUAUUGAAGCCGGUAUACAGAUGUUUAUUUCUCAGGUGAUAAUUGGAGUUCUGUUGGGAGUGGGCUUGAAACAGGAUGAAGAACUGUCCCGUGGCACAGCUAUUGUGAUAGUGCUUAUGGUGUGCACAUUUGUUUCAGCCUUUGCAUGGUCAUGGGGGCCUCUUGGGUGGUUGAUUCCUAGUGAAACAUUUCCAUUGGAAACUAGAUCUGCAGGACAAAGUGUCACUGUGUGUGUGAACCUUGUCUUCACUUUUGUUAUUGCACAAGCAUUCCUGUCUAUGCUUUGCAGAUUCAAAUACGGGAUUUUCUUUUUCUUUGCUGCUUGGGUUUCAGUUAUGACCAUAUUUGUACUGUUUCUCCUUCCUGAGACAAAGAAUGUGCCAAUUGAAGAAAUGACAGAGAGAGUAUGGAAACAUCAUUGGCUGUGGAAGAAGUAUGUGAGAGACGUUGAUUUAACUGAUGAUGAAGCGGGAGAUGCCUAUCCCAGACAUGCAAAUGGAAUAACCGAUGCCAACUCCUGCUAAUUAAGACUCGCAGAUGUAAAUUAAAGCAGAUUUCAUUGGCAUAUCAGCGCACUUGUUAACUGCACUUUGGAUAUUUAAUAAAUUAUAUUGGUAAAUAGACGUGAGUAGUAAAUAGCCAUCACAAAUGUGAAACGAGCUUGCUUAGCUCGUUAUUGUGGUUGUGGUUUGUUGAUGAGUAUUUUUUUGUUGGCUAUUGUCGAGUUCAAUUUUUGGAUUUCAUCGAUCGGUUGAUCUUGUAGACAUGAAAAAAAACUUUCAUUUCGUGUUUCAUUAUAAAUUGUAUGACUGCUGGUUUCUCAAUGCUCAGGAGAGCAUUUACUUC